GCAUUUGCUUCCCUCCCCCGCCAAAGAAGUCGGAAAUUGCAGAACCCUAAAACUGCCACCUUUUUGCUCUGGUUUAGCUCUCGUCCGCUGCCGGACGAAUGAACCCCACACCGCAUUCGCAGCAGCAGCAGUCUUGGCGAGUGUGGAUCGAUCUCGUUCUCUGGUGCUGGAGGGAAUUUUAAAUUGGCGGAGCUUUUGGACAGAUAACAUCCGAAAUAGAAUUCGCUCGUUAUUGUUAUUUCCCUGCAUGGGCCGAAGUGUGUUCGUGAAGAUUCAUCCUCGUGAGGAUAUAAACCCCACUGCCGCACGCGCUGCUGCAGAGUAGGACCAAAUUGUAAAACAGGUGAUAAGUGAGCGAGUCGGGGAGUGUGAAUCUCUAGAGCUGAGUGGUAGCUAGUCCUUGUAGUUCGAGACUGUAUGCUCACGAGAAGCAAUACAGUCUCGGACUGCAGAAGGAAUUUCCUCUGGCUUCUCCAACGACGUAUUGAGUACAGAGCAUAGGGGUCGUACUGAAGUGUCCAUUUCGUCGAAGGAAGCGGGGCUUGGGGUGAGUGAACAAUGUCGACAAUGUACGUGAUCAAGAGAGACGGUAGGCAGGAAGCAGUGCACUUCGACAAAAUCACAGCGAGGUUGAAGAAAUUGAGCUAUGGCUUGAAUCCUGAGCACUGCGAUGUGGUUGUCGUAGCUCAGAAAGUUUGUGUAGGGGUUUAUAAGGGUGUUACAACCAGUCAGCUGGACGAGUUAGCAGCUGAAACCGCCGCCGCAAUGACUGCAAGUCAUCCUGAUUAUGCACUGCUUGCAGCCCGAAUUGCUGUUUCCAACCUUCACAAAAACACCAAGAAGUCUUUUUCUGAGACGGUGAAAGAGAUGUACGCACAUGUGAAUGAGAGAUCGGGACUUAAAGCUCCUCUCAUUGCCGAUGACGUAUACGAGAUUAUUAUGAAGAAUGCCGAGCGUCUGGACAGUGAAAUAAUCUACGACCGCGACUUUGAGUACGAUUACUUCGGGUUCAAGACCUUAGAAAGGUCAUACCUGUUAAAGGUCAACGGCAAAGUGGUGGAGAGGCCACAACACAUGCUUAUGCGCGUUUCUGUCGGCAUUCACAAGCACGAUGUGGAGGCCGCUCUCAGGACAUACCACCUGAUGUCUCAGCGCUGGUUUACUCACGCUUCUCCAACCCUCUACAACGGUGGAACUCCAAGACCUCAGCUAAGUAGCUGCUUUCUAAUCUGCAUGAAAGACGACAGCAUCGAGGGAAUUUACGACACUUUGAAGGAGUGUGCUGUUGUAAGUAAGUCAGCAGGGGGAAUCGGACUCUCAGUACAUAACAUUCGUGCCACCGGUAGCUACAUCAGAGGGACCAAUGGAACGUCCAAUGGCAUCCUGCCGAUGCUGCGAGUUUUCAACGACACCGCUCGCUACGUAGACCAAGGUGGUGGCAAGAGAAAAGGUGCUUUCGCCAUUUACCUCGAGCCUUGGCACGCCGAUAUCUUUGACUUUCUGGACCUAAGAAAGAAUCACGGAAAGGAAGAGUCUCGCGCAAGGGACUUGUUUUAUGGCCUUUGGGUUCCUGAUCUUUUCAUGAAGAGGGUGCAAUCGGACGGAACCUGGUCGCUGUUCUGCCCCAACGAAGCGCCUGGGCUUGCAGAUUGCUGGGGAGAGAGUUUUGAGGAGCUGUACACCAGCUACGAGAAAGCCGGAAAGGCAAGGAAGGUGAUUCAAGCUCAGAAGCUGUGGUUCUCUAUACUUGAAGCGCAAGUUGAGACCGGCAACCCGUACAUGCUGUUUAAGGACGCAUGCAACCGGAAGAGUAACCAGCAGAACCUGGGGACGAUCAAGUCAUCCAAUCUAUGUACGGAGAUUGUGGAGUACACCGCACCCGAUGAAAUGGCGGUGUGCAACUUGGCGUCAAUUGCCCUACCCCGAUUUGUACGCGAGAAGGGUAUACCUAUCGAGAGUCAUCCUUCUAAGCUCGUUGGCAGCCGAGGCUACCGAAACCGCUUCUUCGAUUUCGAAAAGCUUGGAGAGAUCACAUCAAUAGUUACCCGCAACCUCAACCGCAUUAUUGAUGUAAACUACUAUCCAACAGAGACCGGGAGACGGUCGAACAUGAGACACAGGCCCAUUGGCAUUGGCGUCCAGGGUCUUGCAGAUGUCUUUAUUCUCUUGGGGAUGCCGUUCGAUUCGGAGGAAGGGCGUCAGCUGAACAGAGAUAUCUUUGAAGCCAUCUACUUUCACUCUUUGAAGACCUCUUGCCAACUUGCUGAAGAAGAGGGCACGUAUGAAACAUACCCCGGGAGCCCAGUCAGCAAGGGAGUACUACAACCAGACAUGUGGGGAGUUCGUACUUCGGAUGACAGGUGGGAUUGGGUCGGCCUGCGUGAGAGUGUCGCAAAGCAUGGUGUUCGCAACUCUCUGCUCGUGGCUCCUAUGCCAACGGCCUCUACAAGCCAGAUUCUUGGGAACAAUGAAUGUUUCGAGCCGUACACGUCCAACAUUUACAGUCGACGCGUUCUAAGUGGGGAAUUUAUGGUCGUCAACAAGCACUUGCUCAUGGAUCUCACGGACAUGGGUUUGUGGAGCCCCGAGUUGAAGAAUAAGGUCAUCCACUACAACGGUUCUAUCCAAAAACUGGACGAGAUACCUGAGAACCUGAAGGCCAUAUACCGUACUGUUUGGGAAAUCAAACAAAGGUCAUUGGUUGACAUGGCUGCCGACCGGGGGGCCUUUAUUGAUCAAAGUCAAAGCUUAAAUAUUCAUAUGGACCAGCCGAACUUCGGGAAACUCACCUCAUUACACUUCUACACGUGGUCAAAGGGCUUGAAAACUGGUAUGUACUAUUUACGAUCCAGAGCCGCCGCGGAUGCCAUCAAGUUCACUGUGGACGCCACCAAUCUUGUGAAACCCGAGGUCGAGACGAGCAACAACUUGGAAUCCCAGAUGGCACAGAUGGUAUGUUCCUUGGAGAACAAGGAUGAAUGCAUGGCGUGCGGCAGUUAGAGCACUCAGAUUGUUGGUGAUUUAGUUAGCUUGAACGGAAGACCUGCUCGCCUACAAGUGGCGAGCAGACCUGAAAUAGAUUUACGCGUCCACCUAAUGGAUGCUGGUAGUAAUAUUUAAUUGUACCUAUUUGGUGAAACUACAUCGAAGUGUGUAUCACUAUGACGAAGAGUAGGGACGGAUGUAGAUGUACAUAUAAAACACAUAGGUCCAGGGAAGUCAUAUAUUUUUUCCCGGUCAGCUACGCUCGGCAGUUCAGUCAGAUCUGUCGAUGCCGUCAGUAGCUGACACUAUAUCGAUGAUUAGAACUGUGCUCCAACAUGUGGAGCAAGUGAGAAACUUCCUUUGUACAUUUAUUUCAAAUUGGCGAGGUUCACCAAUACAAAUAUUAGUUUUGUUGAACGAGCAUUUUUGGCUAUGGAAAGUUUCUCAUAAAAUCCAAUCCAUUC